AUGUACACGCUGCUCUGCAUGCUGGCGCUCACAGACAUUGCCACACCUACCUUCGUCGUGUCAAAGAUGAUGGGCAUAUUUUGGUUCAAUUUGAAAGGCAUUACUAUGGCUGGCUGCCUCACCCAGAUGUUCUUCCUUCACAUGGUUUCUGUUAUGCACUCAGCCAUCCUUGUGACAGUGGCCUUUGAUCGUUAUGUUGCCAUAUGUAACCCUCUGAGAUACCUCACCAUCCUCACCAACACACGAAUAGCUAAGCUAGGGCUUGUGGGUUUGAUAAGAGCUGUUCUCUUCAUUCUGCCUCUGCCCCUACUCCUGAGCAGACAGCCAUUCUGUGCCAACCGCAUUACCCACACGCAAUGCGAGUACAUAGCUGUGGCGAAGAUGGUAUGUGGGGACAUCACAGUCACCAGGAUAUAUGGCUUGGCGCUAAUGUUUGUAAUCAAUCGGUUUGACCUGACACUCAUUGCCCUGUCCUAUGGUCUGAUUAUCAAGAUCAUUCUGAGAAUCUCCUCUAAGAACGCCCACCAAAAAGCCCUCAACACCUGCACAGCCCACAUCUGUGUGAUGCUGACAUAUUAUACCCCUAGCCUCUUCUCCAACCUGACACAUCCGUUCAGUCAAGGCAUUGCUCCCCACAUUCGCAUCAUCUUGGCUGACCUCUGUCUCCUCAUUCCUACUAUGCUCAACCCUAUCAUUUAUGGGGUCAAAACUAAAGAGCUUCAUGACAAAGUAGGCAAAUACACCUGCUGCAGAAGGUGA